UCCCGUUUAGACGAAGAAGAAUGGUGUGAACAAGGAAGUCGAUAUUUUACAGGAAGUCAGCGUAAGCUGCUUUUGUUUUGUUUUGUCUUUGUUUUUCUGUACCGAAUUGUUGGUCAUUUUUCAUCGGGGUAGGUAGCUACAUUAGUUAAUAUGUUAUAAUUUAUUUUAUUUAUCUCUAUUAAGUUUAUUUUUGUACAACAGUCGGCGACAUUUGGCGUUAGCCGAGAGCUAGCUUCAGACGCUAACAACAGAGCUAACAGGCCCGAAGGCCAUCUGUUCAUUGUGUUCCCGUCAGUCAGACACUUAAGCUGUUAUUAUCAAGUGAAUAGCUGUAAGGUUACACUUCGUUUGGAAACAUUAGAUACCACAGUGAACAAAGUGCCAGGGUCGCUGUCACCCGUUCAUCGCCCUGGUAACGUUAGCCGUGCGGGCUAACAGGUUGUAUUGUUAGACAGUCGGCUGACCUUAACGUUACCAACAGAGUGUUUAGUGCCGUCACAUUACUGACAGUAAAGAGACACCCGCAUUGUAACAGACGAUAAGGAGAUUGGAUGAGCAUGUACGCCCCACCGGGUUCUAAUGUUCCUGGAGGCCGGAGGAGGAGAGGGGGUACCUCCCUGCCCAAACAGCCGGAGCGGAGCCUGGUGUCGGCUCUUCCCGGAGCUCUGUCCAUCACAGCGCUGUGCACGGCUCUGGCGGAACCAGCCUGGCUCCGGGUUCAUGGAGGCACCUGUCCGAGACAAGAGCUGGGGGUGGCAGAUGUCUUGGGAUACAUCGACCCUAAGCUUCUGGACGAUUACUGUGUGAACCCGCAGACCAUCUUGCUGCUGAGGGUGAUCGCUGCCUUCUGUUUUCUGGGCAUCCUGUGCAGCCUGACUGCUUUCCUUUUGGACGUGUUUGGACCCAAACACCCAGCGCUAAAGAUCACACGCAGAUAUGCAUUUGCACAUAUUCUCACAGUGUUGCAGUGUGCCACAGUGAUAGGCUUCUGCUACUGGGCCUCGGAGCUCAUCUUGUCUCUACAGCAGCAACAUAAAAAGUACCACGGCUCUCUCAUAUACGUCACUUUCGCCAUCAGCUUUUACCUGGUGGCGGGCGCAGGUGGAGCCUCGAUCCUCGCGACGGCCGCAAACCUCCUGCGCCACUACCCCACCGAGGAGGAGGAGCAGGCUUUAGAGCUGCUCUCAGAGAUGGAGGACAGCAGUGAAACUUUUCCUGCCGAUUAUGACAUUGCCAAUCAGUUUCAGCCACCGCCUGCCUACACGCCCUAGUGCCGCCAGACUGGCCUUGCUAACACGCGCUUCUCUCUCAGCACGGCUAUUGGCUUGAUGAGCAAAUCCCACUCUUUAUCAAAUGGAUAUCUUUGCAAAUACUCUCCAUAAUGAACACAGUGUGUGCACAGUUAGUGCACAAACCCCCUGACUGACAGUGCUUGGGUGCAUGAAAGCUUUCUUUAGUGGUGGCAGAAACUUAGGAGAUGAUUCUUUCUUUCACCACUGAAGUUGUUCGUAAUUUGCAUGUAAAUGGCUUUUAGGAUUUGGUCCUUACAUGUAAAGCAAACUCGACUGCAAGGAGUGCUCAACACGGGUCAUCACAAGUAAUUGAUGAAACAGCCACAGCCUGAUCAAUGCCAAUUAUUGAAGCGGAGCUGUCGGCAUAUUGUCAGCAGUUGUAUUGCUCUUCGUUGGACGUGGAUGGAGCUUUGUUUUGAUUUAAUUUUUGAUAUGCUUGCCAUGUAUAUGAUUUUAUUUCACUGAUAGAUCAAAAAUGCAAAAGUACACUAAGAAGAUUGACUUUUUAUUUUAUAUAAAAUGUCAAAUGGACUUUAUUUAUUAUUUAGUCUUCUGUGCUGUGUCUUUAUUUCCUUUCUUAUGCUUUGUAGACAUCUGUCACCGGUUUAGUCUUAUUUAAUCACAUCUGUUCUUGAAAUAACAUUAGGAAAUUGUCAAAAAAAAUAUGUGAGACAGGUCUUUGUGGUGUUUUAAAAAGGAUCAUGGCAAGUGUUGUGUGUUUAGAGCUAGCAGCCACGGAGAAAAUGGAGAAACAUUUGAAUGUUUCACAACGAGGGUGACAUUUAGUGACAAAUCUCGCCACGUAAGUUGGUCAUGUCAUGUUUCUUGUAUUUCAUUUCAAAAAGAAACUUUAUUUGUACUUUGUGAUUACCAUAUGUGACAGUUUCUUAAGUGUUUGCUAUGCAUGAGGUCUUUUGUGUGCAAAUUUUAAACCUCUUGGCAGAAUCUUACAGGAACAUGUAAGGAGGUGCCAGCUGAGGCUUAAAAUUGUGAUUGACGUGGUGGUUCUAGUUGGGUGUAUAUUGUUCUGUUUGCACCAUUUUCUGCAUUUUGUUCCUCAAACUGUUGGCGAUACUUUCAUCACCAGUAUGUAAAUAUUGAUCGUUUAUACAUAAAAAAGUGGUCAUAAUAAAGUAAAUGCCAUA